UCCACUCAAGCAGCGGCAGAUCUGUUUGAAAGGCGUUCCGGCGACUAUUCCGAUAGACCAGGUUUGGGAUGGGGGGAUUUCUUAACCUUCAUGAGAUAUUCUACCUGGUGGAGGAAUCAUCGCCAAAUGUUUCACGAAGACUUCCAACUCUGUGCCGUUCCGGCGUACUAUCCUGUGCAGAUGGAAGCGAUGUUGACCUCGCUGCAGCAGUUGCAUAAAUAUCCCGAUGCGUUUUGUCACCAUAUUCGCCGGUACGUACCUGCGACAUGA